AACAGCUGGCAGUAAAAAUAAAUAUUGACUAAAACCAAAGACAUAAACUCUCGGAAUUAUUGGCAAUAAUGCACAUUUCAGCUGAGGUCAGUUCGACCACCUCAAAUCAAACAACACACCAGCAACAGCAACAGCAGCAGCAACAACACCACCAACAACAACAACAGCAGCAGCAACAGCAACAAUCGACACAGCAACAGCUGCAACAGCACACAGCGGCAACAACAACAACAAUAACAACAACGGGCAGCACAACGAAGCGACGCAAUGCAGAGUCUAACAACAACAACAGCAACAGCAACAGCAAUAACAACAACAACAACAAUAGCAACAAUAGCAAUAACAACAACAGCAAUAGCAGCAGCAAAAACAAACCCGUGGAUACAAGUCCGUACCUGACGCCCGAGAAUCUGAUCGAGCGCACCGUCGAUGUUCUGCUAGCCGAACAUCCUGGCGAGCUUGUCAAAACGGGCUCACCGCACGUGGUCUGCACGACGCUGCCCACGCACUGGCGUUCCAAUAAAACGCUGCCCAUUGCCUUCAAGGUCCUGGCACUGGGCGAGGUCAUGGAUGGCACCAUUGUCACAAUACGCGCCGGCAACGAUGAGAACUUUUGCGGCGAGCUGCGUAACUGCACCGCCGUCAUGAAGAACCAGGUAGCUAAGUUCAACGAUCUGCGAUUUGUUGGACGCAGCGGCAGGGGUAAAAGCUUCACGCUGACAAUUGUCAUCUCAACUAAUCCCAUACAAAUCGCCACCUACACGAAGGCAAUCAAGGUAACUGUGGAUGGCCCACGCGAGCCGCGCUCGAAGGUGCGCCAUCAGGGCUUCCACCCGUUCGCAUUUGGACCACAACGUUUUGGCCCGGAUCCACUUAUGGCCGGAUUGCCCUUCAAGUUGCCAGGAUUCGCACAUCAUUUGGUUGGGAUGCACAGUCAUCUGCAUGCGCCCGAUUGGCGAGCACACAUGGCGCUAGGUGGACGUCCGGGCUUUCCCGCUGGCCCCUUCUUUGCGCAUCACCAUGGAGCGACCUUCCCGGGUGCAGCGGCCAGCGGUCUGCGUGGCCUAAGCGACAAUCAGCAGCAGUUGGCGACAGUGGGCGCGGCGCAUAGCACCACCAGCCCGGAGGGCUCACCAACGACAACGACGAGCGCAACCCUGAGCGCAUUUGUGCAACCGCCGGCGUGCAAUGCCAGCGCGGGCAGCUCGCCGCCGCUGACCUUCAGCAGCAUGCAGCACCACGACAAUAACAACAACAACAGCAGUAGCAAUAUCGAUGCGGGCUUCGAGAGCGACAGCAUCUCGGUGACAGGAUCGCCGCGCAAAAGCAUCUGCUCGCUGACGCACGACGAGGAGGAGCCGGAUCCGGAGGCGGGACGCAGCCGCAGCCCCACGCUGCUCAGCGCGGAUGCCAGCAGUGUGGCAACGCUUGCAGAUCCGGCACCUGGCAGCGGCGGCGCCUUCACCGCGCUCAUCCAGCGCAGCAAGAAUCCCAGCGAGCUGUUCGGCGGUUUCGCUGCUGCCGGUGCAGGCCACUUUGCGCCGACGGCGCACAGCUUCAACCCAGCGUUGGCGGCUCAGCUCUUCCUUCAGAGUCCGCUCCUGCCGCAGUCGAGCCAGUGGCUCUACACGCAGCUCUACGGCAGCUACAGCGAUCUACCUUGGCUGCGAAGUGCGGCAGCUGCAGCGGUGGCCAACACAGCUCCACAGCAGCAACAGCAGCCCCAGCAGCAGGAGCCAGGAUCGGCUCUACCAGCGGUAGCCAGUGAUGCCGACGGCGUCAACCUCAUUAAGCGCUGUGUCACGCUCAUUACGCACAAUCCGCCAGAUGCGGAGAACGCCAAUCCGAACGCAUCACCGCCAGUUAGCUCCUCGCGCCGUUCACCAUCGCCCGUGGAGACAAUUGAUCUUGAUGAUGUUAGCACCACAUCGAGAUCGGCCAGCGGCUCCAGCGGCGCUGGCGGACCGAUACGCACGCGUACGCCAAAGCCGACGGCGGACGUCUGGCGUCCCUACUAGCGGCUGGCGGCCGCCUUGCUGGGCAGUUGCCUGGCGGCGCGUGCCACCGACGGACACGGACUUCCACAGAGACAGAGGGCGCAACCGUAGGCUGUGCUUAGCUGCCAGCUGAGCGGCUGCUCCAUUAUGAAUUUAGAUCAUAUCGCAGGGUGCGAGGGUUUCUCAGCAAACAUAUUGCUUAGAAUUGAAGAGAGUAUUUGAUAGCACAUUCACACAAGAGUUUCAAGUAUUUGCACGAUAAAUGUUAACAACUUAUUUCAUUUAACUGUACUUUUGAUUUAUAUAUACCCAGUAUUUGCAUUGAAAAUACUCAUUGAAAAUGGGUAUUAAGGGUAUACUGGUUUUGGGCAAAU